AAUUUAUGUAGCAUUAGCACCUGUGAAAUAGCAUCACUCUUCGUCGUCAGCCUAAAUACAAAGAGUAAGACUUAAAGACCGAUUGCAGUUGACUGGAGAUAUCUCAUGAUUCAUUCGAUGCCAUUCGUUAUUCCAAAGAAGGUGAAAAAGCUAUGGGAUGCAUGGGACCUGAGGCUGUGCAUCAUCAUCAGCCUCUCACUCCAAGCUUUCUUGUUAUUGUUGGCACCUUCUCGUCAACGCUCAAGAAGCAACCUGCUCGCCAGGUCUGUCUGGGCCUCUUACUUGUUAGCCGACUGGAUUGCUGCUGUGGCCAUAGGACAAAUCACCAAAAGCCAUGGAGACCCUGGCAAACACGAAGGCAACGACGACCUUUUCGCCUUGUGGGCCUCGUUUCUUUUGAUGCAUCUCGGCGGACCUGAUGGCAUUACAUCACUGUCUCUCGAAGACAACGAGUUAUGGAUCAGACACCUAUUUGGACUCAUUCUGCAAGUUAUGGCAGCUCUUUAUUGCCUCAACUUGACGCUCUUCAAGAACAAGAUUUUGGUUCCUAAUAUCUUAGUAUUCAUUGGAGGGCUCAUCAAGUUUUCAGAGAGAACUUGGGCUUUGCAUAGAGCAAGCUUAGUCCGCUUCGGAGCAACCGCUUUGCCAGAUCCAAACCCCGGUCCAGAUUACCAAGAAGCUGAAAAAGUAUACUCUGCAACAAGGUCUGUCCAGGUUCAAUUUACGAUAGAAGAAGUGUUGACCAACACCAUGUCUGAUAGUGCUAGUACUGAACCUAUUUCAGCCAUUCAAGGACCAGAUCCGCAGUACUUCGAUGAGAUGAACUUGCUAAGAGUAGCAUAUUGCUUUUUUGGAACCUUCAAAGGACUCAUUGUCGGGUUCCUUCUCAGCUCCAAACAUCGAAAGUCAAGUCGAAGUUAUUUUCUCAACGAAACUGCUUCUCGUGCAUUUAGAUUGGUGGAGUACGAGCUCAGCUUCAUGUACCAAGUUCUCCACACUAAGGCCAUUGUAAUACAUGGAAGACUCGGUUACUCGCUUCGAUUCAUUACUAUUUCUUCCACGGUUGUAGCCUUCUUACUUUUUCACUUUACUAAAAAGCAUGGUUAUGGUAAGUUCGAAAUCGGUCUUACUUAUACCUUGUUCAUCGGAGCCAUGGUCCUCGACACCAUUUCUGUUUUCAACCUCAUCUUUUCGGACUGGGUCUUCAUGGCUUUCAAGGAUGAGUGGAUCAUUAAAUUUUGUCCUCAAGCUUUAUUGAAAAUAUUUAGAAUGUCAAGAUGGUCCAAAUCAGUUUCUCAAAAAGACAUAAUCAGUCAUUGCCUUGGACCUAACGUAAUGGGAGGAGCACAAGACUUGGCUAGUUAUCUUCGCAAGUAUGGGAUUUCAAAGACAGUAAAAAGUAGUGUCUUGAGUAAUUUUUCCUACUGGAGAAGAGUCGAGAGUUAUCUUGAGGAUUUUAUUUUCAAUGAGCUGAAGAACAAAUCCAACAAGGCAGUUGAGUUGAGAGAUGCCAUAAAGACAUGUUCACAAAGAGGAGAAGCGGCUCUCUUGCAGAAUCAUUCUAGCUAUAUUAAACUAAAUUGGAGCAUAGCUAAGUUCCAAUAUGCUGAGAGCCUUCUUCUUUGGCACUUGGCUACUGAACUCUGCUACUAUAAGGACAACUCAUCAACUACUACAGAUCACAAAACACAUGGAGAACAAAAUAUCUGGCAGCUCUUUGCUCAACGUUGUUGUCGGACAUGUGCUUGUCAAGGCCACCAGGAGGAAGAUCAGUCAAAGAACAGUAAUCAAGAGAAGUCCAAUGAUGAUCAAUCAAGUGGCAGGUAUAAGAAUAUUUGCAAGGUCCUUUCAAAUUACAUGUUCUAUCUUUUAGUGAACAAGCCAGUCAUGUUGGCACCGGUUCUGGGCAACUGGAACAUAGUGUUUAGAGACACUUGUGCAGAAGCUAACAGGUUUUUCAGAAAGCACAAUCUUUCGAGUCAUGCCGAAGCGUGUGAUCAGAUUCUGUCUGUGAAACCGAAAGUUAGAUCGACGGGUAUGAAGGGUGAAAGAAGCAAAUCUGUGUUGUUUGAUGCGUGUAUACUUGCGCAGCAGCUACAGAAAGAGGACUCCUCGGAGAGGUGGAAGAUAAUGAGCCGAGUUUGGGUGGAAAUGUUGUCGUAUGCUGCCAUUUAUUGUAUGCCAUUCGUUCAUGCAAAGCAACUGAGAAAGGGAGGAGAGCUCUUGACUUUCACAUGGCUGCUGAUGAACCACUUGGGCUUGGGCACCCAAUUUGCCGAGCAAGAACAAGAAGCUGGGACAGACAUGAUGGAAAUCAUUUGAAUAUGGCCCUGGCAUGUAUGUAGUUGCCUUGAUUUAACUCGUUUGUUUUUGUGUACUUAUGGAUAUUAUCCCAAGGGAAAUUGUGUGUGUGCAUGAAUUGAAUUUAGUAUGGCUUAAUUUAAGUGUGUUUUUCUAUCUAA